CAGAAAUCCCCUCCACAGUUGAACAUUCUUCGAUACUUUCCAUUCUAGGGCCUUAUCAAUAUCCCUUACCUGAGCCUCAAAAUCUACGGGAACGGUUGAAUUUUUUUGAAUUGAAGGGAACUCCGGAUUUUGUAGGACAUGCAAAUCAUAUGGUGCACUAUUUCCGGAAAACUUGGGAUGUUGGUUACUCGUCUGCUUUACCAUAGCCACCGUUUUUGGUUACUCAUGAAAAUUAAUGGAUGCAAUGUAUGAACAGUCUGAAUUUAUAGAGAAGGAAUUAGAGCAGAUGACAGAACAGAUCAAAUCAAUUAUUCAGACCCCAAAUGCCAACCAGGGAGGAGAACUUGAGGCAGUUGAUGGGAUGACACCUUUAGAUGUAGUUGUCCGGAUUUUAAACAAUCAACUAAGUUAUUUAAUGUGUGUUGAUGAGAAGGCCGAAGAAUUUUCUUCUCGUAUUCAGAGGAUUGCUAGCCAAGUUUCUGCUGCAGAUUGCGAACUGAUGGGUCCAAAGUUCUGAAAGUCCUGAUAUCUGGAAUUGUAAUCUACCUCAAAUUUUUUUAUUUUUUCAAAAUCAGCUUGUGCUGUCAAGAUUAGUAAAUGAAGGCAGAGGAAAAGGUUUCAUUAUACCUGUGUUUUUUAUGCAUUAAAUGCAUUUGUAGUGUCUAUUGAUGUUUUUCAUUUGUAGGAAUAGAUAUUCUCUUUAAUAGCAUUUUGAGAAUCUCUAGCAGUGAAAUUAGGUUGUAAAUGGUGAUUGUAGCCA